GAUGACAAUUUCCGAUUCUAAUUUUUCAAUUUGUUUUGAUUUGCCAUAAUUAUGGGUAUUUUAGUGAGCAUGAUGGAUGGUAGCAAAAGAAAGGGUGAUGUGAUGAGGAAUAAUGAGGCACGGUGGUGUCAAGGUGUGGAAUGGAGGGUUAUUGUGUGGCUCAAAGUUGGUAUUAAAGGUGGGAAAGCAAUUCCAAGGAGAGAAGAGGCAAUGGAAAGGGUGCAUUUGGAAACUAGAUUGGUAGUUGAGAAUGCUUCUUAUGGUGCUAUGGUGACAUUUAUGGAGGCGUGAAAAUUAUUAAAGGAAGGAGAUGGAAAGAAGUAUUGUUGAAAGGCAGCCCCCUCAUCUUCAUUAGGGUUUGUAGUUUGAUCCCCUUCUUAUUUUCAAUGUCUUAGCAAUUUGGUCCCUAGAUUUAAAUUGUUUCAAUUUCAGUUUGUCUCUUUUUCUAAGUUGGUCAAGGGUUAUCUAGUUGUCCUUGAGCUCUGCCAACCAGAGUUGAUAGACUCCAUAAGUUGCGAAAGUAAGAUAUAUAAUAAUUCUAUUGCAUUUGGGUCCUCCAAUUUUUGCCUCCAAUAGGAGUUUUCUUGGGCUAGUUAGGCUAUGGUCUAGUUGUGGCAUCCUAAUGCCAAUGCUCGAAUGUCUAGGGCACAUGAGAGCUUACCAUAGUUAUUUUUGAGGAUUUGACUUGCUUACCAAUGUGGUAUUUCGCUUGUGGGGAGACGAUAAUAUUGAUUGGUUGUUCAUUAUUUCAUAGGGACUCGAUGAUCCCUUGUAUUAUAACUUUGUGUCUGGUUUCAAUUGUAGGCUUUACAAGUCUUUUCACAAUUUUUAUUGAAUGAAAUGCCAUUUUCUAU